AUGACGUCCCUCUUUGGCGGUGGAACGCGCUCGUCGGUCCCCCAAGGCGCUCCCGACCAGGCUCGCCUCGCAGAGGCCGCCAUGGAGCUCGAGGCUGUCAGCGACUUGUUCACCCGCAUCGUGUCGAGCUGCCACCAAAAGUGCAUCUCGACCCGCUACGCCGAGCCAGAGCUCAACAAGGGCGAGAGCGUCUGCGUCGACCGCUGCGUCGCCAAGUACUUUGCCGUCAACGAGAAGGUCCAGGAGCGGCUACAGGCCGCUCAGGCUGGCGGCGCGCGCGUCGGCAUGUGA